AUGGACAUCCUUAAGGUUGUUUCAAUAUCUGUUGUGGAAACCUAUGGUUUCCAUAUUUUUGAUCAAGUCACCACAUCAUUCAGUCGGCGGGUCUUUUGGACCCUAUUCAUUGUUCAAUAUGUCGUUUUAAAGACCUAUUGGAUAUGGAUCUAUCCGCUCAUUGCGUCGCCACUACGUUCUCUUCCUGGCCCAAAUUAUACACAAUUUCUUCUUGGUCAGACCUACAACCAGAUCACCGCUUCCUGUCCGAAUUCGAUUGCCUUGGCAUGGAUGAAGAAAUUUCCUGAUGCGGAUCUAAUUCGAUAUUUUGCUCCAGGGAACCACGAAGUGGUUCUUGUCAAUAGCCCAAGAGCAUUCCGCGAGGUAACAUUUACCCACGCGUAUUCUUUCGCCAAACCAAGAUUCUUUAAGCGUUUAGUAGGGGACAUGAUUGGAGGCGGUCUUUUUUUUGCCGAAGGCGAUGUCCACAGAAAGCAGAAAAAGUUACUUGCCGGUCCUUUUUUGAAUAAAAACGUCAAGCACCUACUACCCGUUUUCGAACAGAAUGCUGAUGAGCUUUCUUCUUCCAUCGAGACACUUGUUGUGGAUAGUGAAACAGGAGCUAUUGAAAGUAAGAACUGGUGUCUGCAAGUUACAAUGGACAAUGGUAAUGUUUGGACAGUUUCAUGCUUGAUAUCAAAAUCGUUACUUGAUAUAAUCAGCCAAGCAAUCCUCGGACUCGAGCUCGACGGCCAUUCUAUUGCCAGCGAGCUUGGACGAUGUUAUCAUACAAUAUUUAGCUCUACCACGAUGUCCCGUGUUAUGCUGGUUCUCAAUACGUGUGUGCCGGUACGACGGCUUUUACCAGUGAAAACGAACCGAGAAUAUACUGAUGCAAAUAUUGAGAUAAAGCAAAUUUUGAAGAAGCAUGUACAGCAGCGAACUCACGAAAUAAGAAAACAACUGAAAAAAAGUGAUGAAUUCCCUGAAGAUGAAAUUGUCGACCAUCUCCGAACUUUCCUAGCUGCCGGACUAGAAACUGUCGGAGCCACCAUGCUGUGGGCAUUUCAUGCACUAGCAAGCCACCAGGAUGUACAAGAUCGCCUGCGAAACGAAAUUAACGCAGCGGGCGACGGGAAAAGCAGCGAGCUCAAGUAUUCAGACAUCUGCAAGCUAGAGUUGUUAGAUCACUUUGUCAAAGAAGUUCUCCGCUGCUAUCCUCCCUCCACAUGUUCCAUGCGUGAAGCCAUUCAUAACGUUUCAAUAUGCGGCCAACUUAUCCCUGCUGGCACACAUGUCCUCAUGUUUCCAGUUAUGCCUCAGUCUAACAGUAUUAUAUGGGGUAGAAAUCCGGAGAAAUUUGAUCCUGAUCGUUGGAAAACUUUGCCAACUUCAGCUCGUGAUGGAUACACAUUCCAGGCGUUCAAUACCGGUCCGCGAGCCUGCCUAGGUAAAUCUUUCGCAAUGCUUGAGGUCAAGGUCCUGGUUAUGAAGCUCGUAGCGCGAUGGAGGUUCUGCCAUGUGUCAAAACCAGUAGUGUUGCAGAAGAUUGGGCUGCUAUUUAAACCCGCUAAUGGGCUAGAAUUAAAAAUUGAAUCUGCGGUUUUGACUUGA